AUGGACAAAUUGGUAAAAGGCCUUUGGCUGGCCGCCUCGGUCCUUUUUUGCUUUUCAAGUGUUGGAUCAGCGUUACCAGCUACUAGUCAAUAUGCUGAGGACCUGCCGGCCAACUUCAGCCACCCCUUUGCUCAAUUUGGAAUGGCUAGCAAGAAGAGAACGGAUAAGAACAUUGAGCUGCGAAUCUUACCGCUUGGUGCUUCUAUCAUGAGUGGCACUGGCUCGAGCACUGGCAAUGGGUGUCGAAAGCCUCUCAGGGAUGCUUUAAGACUUGACGGUUGGAGCGUUGACAUAGUCGGCAGCCUCCACAGCGGCACUAUGGUUGACCACGACAUGGAAGCUGUCCCUGGAGAUGUGCUCACGCAGAUUCUUGCCAGAGUGCCACACUCCACUGGUUUCAAGGACGUCGGCCAUGCAAAAAUGGCUGCUGUUUUCUACAAUGCAAUCAAUCAAGCCAUAACAGACAACCGAAUUGUGGCGCCAGGAGAUUUCACUAUUGGACCCAGUGUUUGUGCCAAGUACGGGGGUACAGGAGUCGAUGCUGGGGGCCUCACACAACGUGGUUCUGGUUAUGACGAUGGUAUCUAUUACCAUGAUAGCGAGGAGAUGGGGGUACUUUGGACUGCGGACAGUGAUUGGGAUCGCGGACAAUGGAAAUUUGCUCGUCUGUUUGAUCGCAAUUAUGAUGAUCUUGUUGCUUGGAUUAAUAAGACCAGCUCCUCCCAAGUAUAUGCGGUUUGGGCCAACUCUGGUGACGGAAAGGGAGGCUUCACGCAGAUGAGCGACCUGGUCCCAGAUUUGAACUGCCAAUAUACAGAAGGUGUUAACUUCAUCGACAUGAACUCCGACGGUCUCGAUGAUCUAGUUUAUAUCGACGCAGAUGGAAACGCCUAUCUAUCGAUCAACCAGGGAGAUGGUAAUCGCGCUGCUGGAAAGUCUCCUACGUUUAAGCGCGUCAGCAGUACCGCUAUGAUCAAACCGACAGAAGGCUAUGCUCGAGACCACGUUCUCCUGGCUGAUAUUGACGGGGAUGGCCGAGGGGACUAUGGAGUAUUAGACGACUCCGGAAACGGUCGUGACGACUGGGUGUGGCUCGACGAUGUGGGGAAAGGUUAUGUCUACACUAACGGUCGAAGUUGUCUGAAAGGCGUCGAAGGGAAUGGCCUCAAUGUCGCCUGGCGCGCAGGCUUUUACAAAGGUGAAUCCUCAGGUCCAGCCUACAAGGGCAUGGGAUCAUAUGUUACUACCAAGGAGACCUAUUUACGUGAUCGCAUUCACUUCGCACGAAUUUACGGCCAAUCAACGGUCUUCGGCAAUCUUCCCAAACAGGACUAUGUCUUCAUGCAACAUACAGCGGUCGAUGGUAAGCAUCGCUUCCAGAUGCGUGUAUGGAAGAACACUGGCUACGGUGGUACCAAACUGCUCGCGGAUGGCAACAAAUACUGCAAUAUGAUGGGCCACUCGAAUGGUAUGGUAGAUUACGUCUGGACAUACUCGUUCGGAAGAAUGGAGAUGUGGGCCAACCGAGGCAAGGGGACCAUCACUGAUGCAGACCCUGAUGGCUACUGGAACUACCAGGGAACUAUCUGGACGCCACCACAAGAUAUGGACCGGAGGGACUUACACUUGGCUGACUGGGACGGCGAUGGGAACAGUGACGGCAGCUGGACAAAUGCCGGACAGAUCAAAGUUUCCAUAACCAAAGACCGUGCCAAUCUCCGCUGGGCAGAUGUCAAUGGAGACGGGGCUGACGACCUUCUCUGGGUCGAGAAAUUCUCGGGUGACGCCUAUGUCUGGUAUAAUGGAGGUCCAGCUGAUCCCGCCCAGGCGCUUGGUUCAUCAUUUGCCUGGGCAGGACAAACCGAAAAAGCCUAUGCCGGCAAUGUGCAAGGUUCUUGCGAGUUCUGGACUGACAUCGAUGGAAACGGUCGUGCCGACGAACACUUCGUGCUGGGUACGUUUAACAAUAAGGCCAGGACCGCGUUGAACCCGUCAUGCGGACUUCAAGACGCCACAGGAGACGAUUCCAGCAUGGAGAACAUUCUUCCUACAGUCCCAGGAUCAUCUUCUGGUGGUGGUGGUGGUAGUGGUGGCGGCAGUGGCGGUGGUGAUGGUGAAGUCCUUGUGCCUCCUGAUAUCUGGUCGAACCCCAGCCCAACAAUCGGAUGUGCGCCGCCUUGUACUCUGAUCCUCCCACCCCUCGAUAUUGGCCCCGUCACUGUUACUUGGCCUGCAAUCACCACAUCUGUCUGGUCAUUAUCAGGAACUAUUACCACAAUAAUAACGACCAUUAUUACUCUGGAUCCUUUUGUGGUCUCGGAAGUCCCCUGGUGGCCUGUCACAAUUGGCACCGGAGAUGCGAACAACGGUGUUAUCCAUCCCGAGCAGAGCGUUCUGCCCCCCUUAAUCACGAUUGGCUUGCCAGCCAACAUAGCCACUGUAUCGACAACUACUUCUGAAGAGGAGGUCCUUAUUACAGCCAUUGCUACUGACGGCAUCUGGACGGAAGACGUGACAAAUGCAUUCGCCACAAUGGUUUAUAAUGAUGUGAUGAGCUGGUGGUCCGUCGAGGAUGAGGCCGCUGCUGCUGCUGCCACCUCGCAAGCCACCACCACCGUUAUCGUAACGGCGACAGCCACUCAGACAGUUGGUGGAACUACUACGGUUGUAGUCACACCGACAUCGCCAAAGACAACAAGUACCACAAAGGCUUCUCCAACGCCUACACCGAGCUCCGCAGUCCAAAUCGUUCUCAUGGAGUAUUACGAGAAGAGCGAGGGUCCAGGCGAUUCCAACAAGAGAACUUACGAUUGGCAGGUCUUUGCUACAGACUACGACGAAUCUGUAGACUACUGCAAUGAUCAAGACUCCAUAUACACUCAGGCUACCACACAAGUCCUGAACUCAAAGGAACCUUUCCCCUCGAAAGAUGUGGGCAAGUUUGACAUCAAGAAGUUCAGCUUGAACAAUUGCAAGUACACGGCAGAAUCCACAACUGAGGUUGGGACAAUGGCAUGUGAUGAGGACGUCAGUAUUCACUGUCAGGCCGCGAACAACGUUGGACAGAUAUACGAAUGUAAUGGGUUAACUGCCACCGAGGGAGGUGUCUGGUGCUACUGGUAG